GCAGGGCCGCGUCGUGUCCUGCUCCGCCGGCGAGUCGCACACGCUGUUCGUCACGAGCGAGGGGGAGGUCUGGUCCUGGCUGGACGACGCCGCCGUGCGCACCACCCUGUCUGGCCUGGAGCGGCCGACGGCGAGGGCCGUCCUGGGGCUCCCCAAGGUGGCCCGGGUUGCGUGCGGCUGGCACCACACGCUGGCGCUCACGGAGGACAGGCGCGUCUACACCUUCGGCGUGGGCUGCUUCGGGCAGCUCGGCCUGGGAGCCUGCAGGCACUGCCCGUCCCCCUCUCAGGUGGCGCUGCCCGCGCAAUGCGACAAGGCCGUCGUGGACGUCGCGGCGGGCUUCGCCAGCUCGUUCGCCGUAACCACCCAGGGCUGGGUGUACGCCUGGGGCGCAAACGAGAAGUGCCAGCUCGGGCUGGGCGACAGCAUGGAGGGCAGCGCCACGCCGAAACCUAUAGACGCCCUCUCCCGCGUCAAGGUUGUCCAGGUGUCGGCGGGGUUCAGCCACACCGCGUGCGUCACCAGCGACGGCCUCGUGUAUCUCUGGGGCUACGGGGCCUACGGCCAGCUCGGCUUCGCCUUCAACGACGUGCGCUCCUCGGCGCUGCUGGGCGCGCAGGCCGGCGUGGCGCCGCUCAGCUCCUGCGGCAGCGGUGUGGGCGCCCCCCCGCAGGCCUCCGCCGGCGAGGCCGUAGGGGCGAGCCUGGUGGGCCACUCUCGCCCGUGGGUCCAGGUCUGGCCGCGGCGGUGCGUCAGCGGGCCGUUCGCGGCGCGGAGGUGCACGGAGGUGCAGUGCGGAGCGUACCACACCAUCCUGCAGGCCUCCAGCGAGCUCCUGGGGCCGCCGGCGCUGGUGGAGCCCGAGGUGCUGCUGCCGGCACCCCUUGAGCUCAGCGACAUGCCGGCCGCGGCCAGCGUGACCGCAGGGAAGGAGGAGGACCCGGCUGGCAUGGUGCUCCCGCCGGGGGCCGGCCUCGUGGAGAGCCCGAAGACGGUUUUGCGUCAGGGCGCAGGCCUCGCCGCCCGCAGCGCGGAGGCCUUCCGGCUGCUCGCCGGGCUCUUCUGGGACACCGGCCCCCCCGUCAAGCGCCCAGCGCCUGCGCCCACGCCUGGGCCCGCAGCACCCACGGCCUGGACCGCCGAGGAGGGCGAGUGGCGGCGGGCCCUGGCGCUCGCCCCCAGGCCGCCCGGACCCGGCGGCGGCGCGGGGUGCGGCGCACACCCGCUGGAGAAGCUGCCCCAGGAGGAGGAGGGGUCCUGCGUGAUGCGGGUGGACUCGACCGCCCUGACCGGCCCCGCGGUGUGGGACGAGGUGGACGAGGCGGUGCACCGGGCGUUCUGCGACGGCUCGGCCGCGGACACGUCGGUGAAGCUGGACCUGGCCGUGCUCGUGCAGAACAUCGGCAGCAUCGCCUCGCCAGACCUGCCGGACGGCGCUCCGCCCGCUGGGCGGACGCUGGAGGGGGAGAGCGAUGGUGGGCAUCAGUCGGCGGCGCGCGCCAUGGUGGCCAUGGUGGCCCUAACCCGAGGCUCCAGUUGUUGUGUCCGCAGCUUGGUUGGAUCACAGGUCCUGCAAUUUUGGCAGUGCGUGGGGCGUUUGCGGGGCCAGACGCUUUUUCGGGCACCGUUUUUUUAUUCUAGUCCGCGUGAGGGAUGAAGGUGGCCUUGGUGCUUCUCCCCCCUGUCUGCACGCGCCCAGCGCAGUUGGCGUGCGCGCGAUGCCGCGUGCAGGUGCCGCGCCCAGCCCCCAAACCCGUGAACUAUGCUUGCUCAUGGCGCCC